UUAUAGAAACAGGUAAGACUCACUCACGAGACAGUCAGCAGUGAAUCUCUCUCUGUCUCUCUCUGUGAUCAGUUGGGUUUCAGUGGGGGAACAGGAGCCAUGGAGCCCAGACUUGGAUAAACAGACUGGAUCGUCGGCCUUAGACAGCAGAACCAAGGUUCAGAAGAUGUAAAGGAUAUGGAAAUGUUUCUGCACUAUGGAGAGCUAGUGUGGUAUUGUCUCGUGCUUCUUGCCCUUGCAACAGGGAAAUGGUGCCAGAACCCAUGCCAAGUGGACAAGGAGCAAAAAUAUGCAAAUUGCCAGGGGCAGAAUCUCAAUGAAGUCCCAAAGGACCUUCCCAUCACCCUGGAGGAAUUGAAUCUGUCCUGCAAUUGGCUCUAUCAAAUCACUGCUGAUGACUUUUCCUCUUACACCAACUUACGAGCCUUAAAUGUGAGUUUCAACAAUAUUUCCACCAUAGAAAACAACUCUUUUGUCUCAAAUACUCUUCUGAGGAACUUGACCCUGUCUAAUAAUAGCCUAAUGGAAAUGCCUUCAGUCUUACUUGAACCUCUUGUGCUAUUGGAGUCCCUUGAUCUGUCCAACAAUUUGUACAACUACUCUACUCUUGGGAAAGUUUUUAAAACCUUGGUGAACCUACAAAGAUUAUCCAUUGGAGGCCCAUUUGUAAGCAAGGUUCUGAAAGGUGACUUUGUCCCGAUAAAGAACAUUAGCCUCCAAAGAUUUGCAUUGAAGACUAAAUCUAGCCUUAAGCUUUACCAGUCAAGAGCUUUUUCAGUCCUUAAUACUAAAAUUUUAAUAUUGGAUAUUGCCCUUGAUAAAAACGCAAAAGCAUUGCCACUCAUUCUAAAGGACCUGGCAGGAAAAUCAUUGGACAGGCUCACUUUUGAGAACUUAUUUGAAUAUACCUAUUACACAGGAUCCACUAACCUUUUCUUUGGCCUUCCAGACAUUAAUAUUAGAGAGUUAGUCUUUUAUGGGGGGAAAGUGAAUGAUAAACUCUUGCAGCUGAUCUUGGAAAGCAUUCUGAUAUCUAGAAUCCAAAACCUCCUGCUCCUCUCCGUUGACUUUGAUUAUACUCUGAAUCGUAGCAAAAUUGAUGUCAAAAUGGAUAAACUUUUUCUGAAAAACCUGGUCAUCAAAGACGUAAUGAACCCUGACAUCUUGACAUUUGAUCGGACGUUCACUUGGUUCGGUAAGGUGCGCAACCUCUUCAUCAUCAACGUUAACUUCAAUUUUGUGCAAUGCGAUGCCUGGAGUCAGAUGCAAAAUGUAGAGACACUGGACAUAUCCAACAACCUUCUUCUGGGCUCCUACCUUUACAAUCCCUUGUGCAAAUACAGCGAAUUACCCAAACUCCGAAAAUUCACAGCCGCAAACAACAACCUCAAAUACCUUAAACCAAUUUCUUUGUUGACAGCCAACUGGCCCAAGUUGUCCUCUCUUGACCUUUCGUCAAAUUACUUAGGUUCUCAGUACGAAAACUGCAGAUGGACUUCUAAUAUAACAACGCUUAUUUUAAAGUACAACAUUCUUUCGGUGGGGGUGUUUACCUGUUUGCCCACGUCAGUUCACUACCUAGAUCUGUCUUUCUCGCACCUUGAAUCGUUAAAUAUGGAUUAUUUCAAAAAUGCCACAAAUCUAAAAAAAUUGAAUCUCAGCUACAAUAAACUCACCUUGAUAUCCAGCGAGUGGAGACAUCCUCAUCUUCAGGUUCUGUUUCUAGAUGGCAACAUCUUUGGUGUUAUUGAUAAGGGCUCUUUUAACAACCUGCCCCAGCUCAGAACCUUAACUGCCGGAGAUAAUCCUUACCAUUGCACCUGUGACCUUUAUUCCUUCUUCUCAGACAUCCUAUCGAAUAGCAAGGUCUCCCUUGCCGAUUGGCCGCAAGCCUACUAUUGCUAUCACCCUCAGCAACUUAGGGACACAAGAGUGGAAUCUUACACUCCUGGAUCAGUAGAGUGUGACGUGAGAUUACUGGUGGCUAUAACGGUGUCAGCAACGGCUGCGGUGGUCAUAUUCUGCAUGAUAUUGUGCUGGAGGUUUGAUGCACCUUGGUACUUCCGUAUGACGUGCCAUAUUGUCAAGUCAAAAUACCGUUCCAGAAAGGCCAACUAUGGCAGAGAAUAUCUUUAUCACGCCUUUGUCUCCUACAGCCAUUCUGAUGCCGACUGGGUGAGAGGGGAGUUGCUUUAUCGGCUGGAGAGCUGUAGCCCCCCAUACCGAGUCUGCAUUCACGAGAGAGACUUCCUCCCGGGGAAAUGGAUCAUUGACAACAUCAUUGACAACAUUGAGAACAGCCGCAAGACCAUCUUUGUUCUCUCCCACAACUUCGUCAACAGCGAGUGGUGCAAUUAUGAACUGUACUUUGCCCACCAGAGGGCCAUUGGCCACUCAUUUGAGGACGUCAUCUUGGUGGUCAAGGAGAACGUCACUCUGAAGGACCUUCCAAAAAGGUUUUACAAGCUCAGGAAAAUGCUAAGAAGGAAGACCUACCUUGAGUGGCCUUCAGAGCCCAGCAAGCAGCAUUUCUUCUGGAUACAGUUGAAGAACAUUUUAGGCAGUCCUUCUAAUGGAGGCCAGGAUGUUUUGUCUGUGAUGAAUGAACCUGUUGCACCGGAACCAUGUCCCGUCUCGGAGGUCCCACUUACAACAUACAGCAAAAUGAAUCUGCCAGGAAACUGACUGCCUAAUUAUGGAUUUGAACUUGUAUUUAUUAUGUUUCCCAUGCUGUAGUCUGCUGAGGGACUACUGGGACCUCCUCAGUUUUCUGGGAACUUUAGUUUCUUAACUUACCUUCAUUUCAUAAUUUUAUUACCUGGGAUUUACUUGUGUCCAAUGUGUCCCACCAGCUCCAAAUCUGUGCAUAACAUCACCAAACGUGAAGGGUCUGGUCCCCCAUGAAAACAAAAGUGAUACAAGGAGAUAUGAGGUUGCUGUUGUGUGUGUGUGUGUGUGUGUGUGAGGCAGUGCAUGGCCCUGUGCCUUAAUACAAUUUUGUGCUGGAGCUUUAUUGUCUCUAAGAUAACAGAUAUGAAUGGGACGUGUAUAACUUAUUGCUCAGGCCCCUCUUCUAAGCACUUUUGCCAUUUACAUUUGUGUUUUGUUUUCGUUGGUGUAAAGCCUUGUGUAAACAAUGUUAUGUAGUAUCUGUAUAUAUGUGUACAUAUUUGUUUUUAUUUUAAUAAAACAUGAAUUACAAAGAAAUUUAAA